AUGAAGACCUGGUUCAGAUCUUUGUCGAGAAUCACAGCUUCAACAAUUUUGCUAGUUUUCCUUUGUUCUUGUCUUAGCUUUACUUCAACAGAUGCUUAUGAUGCACUUGAUCCUAAUGGAAACAUAACAAUUAAGUGGGAUAUAAUCAAUUGGUCCCCUGAUGGCUAUGUUGCUGUUGUGACCAUAUUCAACUUCCAACAAUACCGUCAUAUUCAAGCCCCCGGCUGGACUCUCGGCUGGACCUGGGCCAAGAAAGAGGUCAUAUGGGGCAUGAUGGGCGGUCAAACCACCGAGCAAGGAGAUUGCUCGAGGUUCAAAGGGAAUAUCCCGCAUUGCUGUAAGAAAGAUCCGACUGUCGUGGAUUUACUGCCCGGUACACCUUACAAUCAACAGAUUGCGAAUUGCUGCAAAGGAGGCGUGAUCAGCGCGUGGGCCCAGGACCAAGACAAUGCCGCCAGCUCGUUCCAGAUCAGCGUGGGUUCUGCCGGGACCACUAAUAAGACGGUUAGGUUGCCGAAGAACUUCACACUGAGAGCACAUGGGCCCGGGUACACGUGUGGGCCCGCUAAGAUUGUUAAACCUACGAGGUUCUUCUCGCAGGACGGGAGACGAGUGACACAGGCCAUGAUGACGUGGAAUGUUACGUGCAUGUAUUCUCAGUUUUUGGCCCAAAGAACCCCAACUUGCUGUGUGUCCCUCUCGUCAUUCUAUAACGACACUAUUGUCCCUUGCCCGACCUGUACUUGCGGUUGCCAAAAUACCACUGCUCCGUCUGGAAGCUGUGUGAAUCCGGAUUCUCCACACCUUGCCUCCGUUGUUUCUGAUAAUUCGAAGAACUUGGCUCCUCUAGUCCAGUGCACGUCCCAUAUGUGCCCAAUUCGAGUCCACUGGCAUGUGAAGGUAAACUACAAAGAAUAUUGGCGCGUGAAGGUCACCAUAACAAACUUCAAUUACCGGAUGAAUUACACACAGUGGAAUUUGGUUGUUCAACACCCGAACUUGAAUAAUCUCACACAGAUAUUCAGCUUCAACUACAAGCCACUAACUCCAUAUCAAAAUAUAAAUGAUACUGCAUUGUUGUGGGGUGUGAAAUUUUACAACGAUUUGCUCAUGCAAGCUGGCCCGUUUGGCAACGUUCAGUCGGAGCUUUUAUUCCAAAAGGACAAAUCGAGCUUCACGUUCGAAAAAGGUUGGGCUUUUCCUAGAAGAAUCUAUUUCAAUGGAGAUAACUGUGUCAUGCCACCUCCCGAUGCGUAUCCCUAUCUACCAAACGCCGGUUUAAGGGAAAAAGACAUCUCCUUGCUCAUGCUAACAAUAAUCACUCUGUUUUCAUCCAUGGCUUUCCAUUUUGCCUAA